GUCAUCUGUACUGUCCGCAGUCUCUGGUCAUCCCUGUGCUGUCCGCAGUCUCUGGUCAUCCCUGUGCUGUCCGCAGUCUCUGGUCAUCCCUGUGCUGUCCGCAGUCUCUGGUCAUCCCUGUGCUAUCCGCAGUCUCUGGUCAUCUCCUGUACUGUGUCUGCAGUCAGCAGUCAUCUCUGUACUGUUCGCAGUCUCUGGUCAUCCCUGUGCUGUCCUCAGUCUCUGGUCAUCCCUGUACUGUCCGCAGUCUCUGGUCAUCCCCUGUACUGUCCGCAGUCUCUGGUCAUCUCCUGUACUGUCCGCAGUCUCUGGUCAUCCCUGUGCUGUCCGCAGUCUCUGGUCAUCCCUGUACUGUGUCCGCAGUCUCUGGUCAUCCCUGUGCUGUCCGCAGUCUCUGGUCAUCCCCUGUACUGUCCGAAGUCUCUGGUCAUCUCCUGUACUGUCCGCAGUCUCUGGUCAUCCCUG